AUGGUGCGGGCCGGGCGGGCGCGCUGCGGGCGCGGCGGGCGCUGCGGGCCGCGGGCGCGGGUGCUGUGCGCGGCGUUGGCGCUGGGCUGGGCGCUGGCGCUGCUGCUGGGGCUGCUCCGCGCGCCCCCGGGCGCUCCCUCCGGGCGCUGCACGGACGAGAAGAGCCGCCGCAUCCUGGCCGCGCUGUGCCGGGACUACCGGGGCGGCGCGCUGGCCGGGAGCCUGUGUGAGGACCUGUGCGUGGGCGGCCGCCUGCGCUACCGGAGCUGCCUGUACUGGGAGCGCGGCAAGACGGUGCUGCGGGCCGAGUGGCGCGGGCGGCCCGUGGUGCUCAAGGCCCGGGAGGCGGCCUUCUCCAGCUUCCCGCCGCCACCCCCCGCCGCCGAGCUGCCCCUGCUGCUGGCCGGCCAGCUCCGCAGCGCCCUGGGCCUGGAGCUGGCGCCCGGUGGGCUGGGCCCGCGCUGGGCGGCGGGGCGGCCGGGCCAGCUGGCCAGCCUGUGGGCACUGUGUCAGCAGGAGGAGUUCCUGCUUCUCAGCCUGAUGCAGGCCCUUGGCCGCCACACGCUGCCGCUGCUUGGCUCCUGCGGCCACUUCUAUGCCGUCGAGUUCCUGGCGGCCGGCGGCGCCCAGCACCAGGCUCUGUUCCCGCUGGCGGCCACGGCGGGCAGCCACCGGGCGCGGGCCGUGGCCGGCAUGGCCCUCAGCUUCCUGGACAUGGUCAGCCACUUCGACCGGGACUUCUCCCACCGCCUCCACCUCUGCGACGUCAAGCCCGAGAACUUUGCCAUCAGGGCCGACUUGACGGUCGUGGCCAUUGAUGUGGACAUGGCCUUUUUCGAGCCGAAGAUGAGGGAGAUUCUGGAGCAGAACUGCACGGGCCCCGAGGACUGCAACUUCUUCGACUGUGUCUCUGAGUGUGAUCUGCGCGUGCACAGGUGUGGGGCUCAGCGGGCCAACAGCAACCUGCAGGUCAUCUGCGACAAGAUAUUCCUCCGCUGGUUCCCCUCCAUGCUCCGUGGCGCCGCCGUCUCCCCGCGGCUGCAGCAGCAGGUCCUCGAGGCAGUGCAGGAAUGUGCCGCCCCCGGAGCACCCGCCGGCAGCCCCCAGACCGCCGUGCCUGACGUGUUCUGGAAGCUUCAGCGCCUCCUCCAGGCCACACUCCUGGAACUGCAGGAAGAGCCCAAGUAGCCUUUCCUGAAGCCUUGGUGCUCCCAGGGCCAAGG